AAAAAACACCCGACUUUGAUUUGACUUUUGCUUGUAAAUUGCCUGGGCCACCGUCAUGAUUCGCUCCGUGGGAGCAGGUAAUGGUAACGCGCCUUGUCGACACAAUCUUUCCUCCGUUUCCCUCGAUAAACAAGCCAGCUUUCAAGAUGAUCAUCUACAAGGACAUUAUCACCGACGACGAGAUCAUCUCGGACUCGUACGACCUCAAGGAGGUCGACGGGAUCGUCUACGAGGUUGACUGUGCCAUGAUCACCGAGGGCGCCGUCGAAGUCGACAUCGGCGCCAACGCGUCCGCCGAGGAGGCCGAGGAGGUCGUCGAGGACCAGGCUAUCAGGGUCAACAACGUCGUCCACUCGUUCCGGCUCCAGAGCACGUCCUUCGACAAGAAGGGUUACCUGGCCUACCUGAAGGGCUACAUGAAGACCCUCAAGACCAAGCUCCAGGAGGCUGGCAAGUCCGAGGAGGAGGUCAAGGACUUCGAGACCAAGGCGGGGGCCUACGCCAAGAAAAUUAUUGCCAACUUCAAGGACUGGGAGUUCUACACGGGCGAGUCGAUGAAUCCCGACGGAAUGGUCGUUCUCCUCAACUACCGUGAGGACGGCACGACACCGUAUGUCGUUAUCUGGAAGGACGGCCUGAAGGAGAUGAAGGUUUAAAGGGCGCGGAGGAUUCCGUGUAUACCAGCAGUGGCCACGGAAGAAAAAGCCUUGCUGCUUUUUUGGAGACCCGACACCUGCACUCAUGCCCUGAACUGUCCCCCUCGCAAAGACACGGCGCGUUGCUAUUCGCGUCAACAUCCUUGAACGUUGUCGCCCCGGUGUUUGACUGCAGUCCUCUUGUGGAGCCUUGUUUAUGCCGCCCCGAGUGUUGCCGUACUGUUCUUGCGUAUAUCAUCACCCUCACUCACCGGUUUACCCACCAUUCCCCCACUGCUCCCCUGUGCUCGCUCCCCUAGCGGA